GCAGCAGGAGCCACAGCGCUCCUCACUUGGUUCUCCUUCAAUUAGACGCACAGAGCAGCCGCGUCCUUUGCGCUCCUGGCGCACACACCCCCACAGGAGACACUGCGCGUCAUUUUUCUGCUUCGCUUCACUCUGCGUGUCAAACAGGACAGGAGCGGCUCCGAGUUCAGCCCGGAUCCGGAGAAAAAGCUGAUCCUCCGCUGCUUUCCGUCAGUUUGAAGCCUCCGCAGAGACACGGAGAGCCGCGGCGCUCCAUGUGCGCCCCGGAGUUCAACCAGCAGGAACUGAUCUGAGAUCUGCAGCUUUAACGCAACAAAAUACACAUUUAAAGUCAGAUUGACGCAGGGAAAAGGCGGAACCAGAACCAGAACCGGAGCUCAGCGCAGACAUGCCGCAGGUGGAAAUGAUCCUGUUCCUCAUCCUCAUUAUUGGGAUGUGUGUGUUCGGCCAGGAUCCGGCGUCCAAGGUGGUGUCGGACCGCUACGCUGUCUUCUGGAACCGGACCAAUCCCAGAUUUUACCGAGGCGAUUACCACAUCGAUGUCUGCAUCAACGACUACCUUGAUGUCUACUGUCCGCACUACAUCAGCCCGGUGUCCGACGAUCUGGCGGAGCGCUACGUCCUCUACAUGGUGAACUAUGAUGGCUACAGCUCCUGUGAUCACACCGCCAAGGGUUUCAAGCGCUGGGAAUGCAACAGGCCCCUGUCGCCUAAUGGGCCGCUCAAGUUCUCAGAGAAGUUCCAGCUCUUCACUCCGUUCUCCUUAGGCUUCGAGUUCCGCCCAGGCAGAGAGUAUUACUAUAUCUCCACCAUCACCGACGUCAGAGGACGGAGGAGCUGCCUUCGGCUCAAGGUCUUCGUCAGGCCCCAAAACAAUUGUGUGAAAACCUCUGGGAGCUCGCAGGAAGGAGUCGAAUUUGACGAAAACAGUCACAACUCUCUGGAACCCAGAGAUGGAAUCAGUCACGAGUCUCCAGAACCAGCCAGAAGAGACGUGAACUCUGCUGGUCGGCACCGGUUUUCCAUCCUGCUGCUCAGCUCCGCCCUCAUGCUCCUGGCUGCCAUCUUAUCCUUAUAGCGGCCAAUCCCAUGAGAAGACGCCUCAUCCAGGGGAAUGGACUGUCGUGAUUGGGCCACAGGCCACCCUACCCUGCAACACCUCCCUCUCUUAAAGGAGCACUUUUAAAAAAAUAAAAAUCGAAAUAUCAAAAUACCCAAAAACACUGAAGAGCACCUCUCUGUCUGAAAGGAGAGGAGAAGAGACUUCUGUAGCGAAGCCUUUGUUUGUUUGUUGGUAAAAAGCGCCGUGUAGUCCGGGCGAGGUGGAAGAGCCUCGCUGCGAUUCACGGUAUGCAGAUACUUCACCGUUUCCUUGUGUUAAGACAAGCACACGGGCUUUAUUUUGAAAAUAUACCCCCACAAGACACAAUCGACACAAUCAGAACAAAAAUUUAGGCAUCGGAGCACAGCAGGAUCCUGGAAAAGUUUACAGCUUUUAUUUUUCCGUUUGGGAACGCCACCAUCGGGACACGACUAAUAGCGGGACGAACGACGGCGACUGGAAGAAAGAGACUGCUGAUGAGAGCUUGGUGCUGCGAUGACUUAACCUUCCUCUCAGGUUAGAAAGGAUGCAUCGACGCAGACUGUGGAGCCGUUAACAGAAAGAAAAAAAAAGAUUAAGAAAGCACUCAUCUCUUAGCGUAUGGACAGAAUCGAUUUAAUGAUCAAUUAAUGCAUUUCUUUGUUGUUUUUUUUAAUAUACCAUGUAAUUGUAGCAGCCAACACGGGUGUACAGUAAAAUAUUUGAACGGAGAACAGAAGCGGACGAGGAAUUUUGCCAGGCAAAAUGUUAUUUUCCUAUUUAUUGUGAAGUCCUUGUGCUUUUUUUUUCUGUUCUAGUUCCCUCUGUAAGUACAUUUAGAGCCGCAAUAAAAACAAAAACCAUCACAGGAUGUUAGUUCAUAUUACACCCUUGGUUUUUUUUUUAAAAAGAAGAAAAAAAAGAGCUUGUUUCUGUUUUGGAAUGAUGAUAUGUGAUGGACUUAGUUGUUUCUAACAAAGGAAAAGGCAAAGAGAAUGGUGCGCAUCAGGGUGUAGAAAGCGAGUAUUUGUGUUUUGCAUUUGCCACAGAUGAAUGUCACAAAUGUAGUUUUGCUGUUACACUAUUGUUUUUUGUGCAUCACUAUUUACACUGCUAUUGUAAAUACAGGCAAAUUUAAAAUUCAGGGAUGUAUCCAUGCCGAACAUGAGAUCAAUAAAAGGAGCAACUUUUUAUUGCAA